UUCGUAUUUUACUACGCUUGAAUACGAAUUUCCGAAAGUGUAAAUCCUUUAACAACGAAACUUAUCCCUUAUCUGAGUUAUCUCUAAUUUAAAAUGGAUUGUGCUUCCCGCAACUCCACCGCCGAUUUCGUGCUGCGACGUCGGGAUGGAGAAGCCCAGAUGGUGGUGGAUGUCUUAGGGGAUGAUGGGUUAUUUUGGCAUGGAAGGGUUGAGGCCUGCGCGAAAGAGGGGCUCCGAAUACGAUUUGGCACUGGCCACGAUCCAGGCGCUCAACUCAUUCCGUUUGGGAAAAUUUAUCAUGGCAGAACUUUGAGUUUACGUGGCUACGAGAAGAACUCCGGGAUGCGCUAUACACGAUCCAUUGAAAAUGAUGAAGAGCUUGCCGUGGAAGCUUUAAUGCGUUUCGGCCAGUGUGACUUGUGGAAGUGGUAUCCUGCCACUCUUUUGAUGGGAGAUUCUUACAUGCACUUCUUCGGAUUUAUAAGUGCUAGUGUCAAGGGCAGGGUUGUUAAAACCAUCCUUCGCGGCAGUCGGAUUCAGCUGCCUCAUCCACGCAAGCUCAUAAAAGAUGGCGACUUUUACGCUGCGCCUGAACGGCGGCCGAUAACAACUGGAAAGAUUACCAACGAAGAGAACCAUUCAGUUCCGUAUUGCGUGUCCAGCAGUAGGGACUCACUAGAAACCGGGAUAAGUUCGCUGCUCAGUGUGAUCUUAACUGAGAUCUUCAGUUACCUACCCACGGUGCAGCAAAACCGCAUCCGCACCGUUUGCCUCGUUUGGAACUAUGCUCUUUCCCUGCCACUGGUAAUUUACCACUUUUAUUUGGAUUACGGUUAUGCGCGUGCGGAUCAAGUUGCUGAAGAAGAAUACUUAAAUGCUGCCAGUAUCUGCCACCGUUGGAGUCCGAUAAUUACCAUCACGAAUUAUCCACGCUGGGUGCCGUUUAAGGUCGUUUUGCCCACCUCCAGCGCCAGGUUUCUCCAGAUUAUGAUGCAGGAAAAUAAAAAUCCACCGGCUGACAAGAUGUUUCUCCACAAUCAACACUGGAAUAUUAAUCGCGACCGAUUUCUUCGAAGCAUCUCCUCGAAUGCUGUUGGUGAAUUUAUCGGUUAUUUGCAUACCGAGCUGGAUGCCUUUGCGUCAGUGUGCCGGACCUUGCUGAUCCGUAAUCUAACGGUCAGUUUAUUGAGUUCCAAUAUGGUCCUUCAAUUCCGGGUACGGAUUACCAACGGACGAAUUGGCGACGGUGUACGACGGACGCUGAAUGACUGGUGGGAAAUGAUUGACAACAGCUUUCCCGCGCCGACGGAUGAUGAUUUCCAGAUGCUUACGGACUGGAUAGACGAGGCUGUCCAAACCUGGGAUAAGGAUAUAUACACGAGAAUUAUGAUGGUCGUGGAUACGGUACAAGUUUCGGAUCCGCGUAGCAACCUUAAUUAUCGGCGCGAAGGGUUUCCAAUGUGGUGUGAAAUAAACUACGACUAUCUGGCGAAGUUAGACGUACGGAGAUUGACGCGGUUCACCGUGCACGCUUUGUUAAGUGAACUGCAGAAUGAGCGAUGCACGCUUUCCAGCAUUUUGUCGUGGUAAAGACUAGAAGAUAACCGGGCCACGAUGCCACCUAUUUUCGCUGCGCAAUGACCGAUGGCUUAUGGUUUUUAUAAGAAUCUGUUGGUUGUCGUCGGUUAUUCCUUUGUUACGAUUUUCAGCCGUUUUGGCCGCAGUAUUACCGCCUUAUUAUU